AUGCGGCUCUUAUACUACGGCGAAGAUGGGGAGCUUAGUGUCACUGCCGACUUGGUUAGAGAAGACGCGACCCCUUAUUACGCGAUUCUGUCUCAUACCUGGGGAGCGGACGAUGAAGAGGUGACCUUUGAUGAUCUUACAAAGAACGCAGGGAAAAACAAGCAUGGCUACAGGAAGAUCCAGCUGUGUGGAGAGCAGGCACAGCGCGACGGCUUGCAGUACUUCUGGGUAGACACGUGCUGCAUCAACAAAGCGAACAAGGCUGAGCACUCGCUGGCCAUCCGGUCUAUGUUUCGUUGGUACCGCAACGCAGCUCGUUGCUACGUCUACCUACCGGACGUGUUUGUCUCACCUCUCGGAGAUGAGGGACAAGCUCGCCCGCCACCAUGGGACUCAGAGUUCCGACAAUGCAAGUGGUUCACGCGCGGCUGGACGCUGCAGGAGCUUCUCGCGCCCGGCGUGGUCGAGUUCUACUCGCGCGAUUGGCACAGGCUCGGCGACAGAGCAUCCCUAAAGUCUCAGAUCCACGAAGUCACAACCGUCCCUUACGACGUGCUCGAAGGAGCUCCGCUCUCUCAGUCCAGCGUCGACGAGCGGUUUCGCUGGAGACAAAAUCGGCACACGAAGCUCAAGGAAGAUGCAGCGUACUGUUUGUCCGGCAUCUUUGACGUCGACAUGGCGCCUGUCUACGGUGAAGGCACAGAGGAAGCCUUCAGACGGCUUCAUGACAAGAUCCGAAGCCAGGAAGAGAGCGUCCGGAAACGAGAGGAGUGCCUUCGCGACUUACGCCCUACCGAUCCGCGGAACGAUAAGAAGCGCAUCGAAGACACAAAGGGCGGUUUGUUGGAGGGCUCGUACCGCUGGGUGCUCGACAAUAGCAGCUUCCAGCAAUGGCACAACAACCCACACAGCCAACUGCUGUGGAUCAAAGGCGACCCUGGCAAGGGCAAGACGAUGCUGCUCUGCGGCAUCAUCAACGAGCUGCAGAAGACGGUCGCUGGGACCGCGUCUGUGUCGUACUUCUUCUGCCAGGCCACCGACUCGCGCAUCAACAGCGCCGCAGCUGUGCUGCGCGGACUGUUGUACUUGCUUGUCAGCGAGCAGCCGGCACUCAUCGCGCACGUUCGCAAGAGGUACGACCAGGCGGGCAAAAGCAUGUUCGAGGAUGCAAACGCAUGGGUUGCCCUGACAGAGAUCUUUGCAGACGUGCUGCAGGACCCGAGUUUGGACAUUACCUACUUACUGGUUGACGCGCUGGACGAGUGCGUCACUGAUCUGCCGAAGCUGCUCCACUUUGUCGCAAAGCAGUCGUCUGCGUCUUCUCGUGUCAAGUGGAUAGUGUCUAGCCGCAACUGGCCAAGCAUCGAAGAACAGCUCGGACAGGCAGGGCAUAAGGUAAGGCUGAGUCUUGAGCUGAAUGCAGAGUCCGUGUCGGCGGCCGUCAGCGUCUUCAUCCAACACAAGGUCUCUCAGCUAGCACAACAUAAAAAGUACGACAUGCAAACUCAGGGCGCGGUGUUCGAACAUUUGACGUCGAAUGCCAACGACACCUUCCUUUGGGUAGCGUUAGUGUGUCAGGAUCUCGAAAAGACAGCCAAACGAAAUGUCCUGAAGAAGCUGAACUCUUUCCCGCCAGGCCUGGACGCCUUGUACGAGCGGAUGAUGCAGCAGAUUGGCGCGUCAGAUGAUGCUGAGCUUUGCAGGCGGGUGCUGGCCUCCAUCGCGCUUGUGUAUCGGCCGCUCACGCUGGCGGAGCUGGUGAGCCUUAGUGAGCUGCUCGAAGAUGUUGCCGACGAAGCAGAGGCGCGGGAGAUUGUCGGUCUCUGUGGAUCGUUUCUCACUCUGCGAGCAGACACGGUCUACUUCGUGCAUCAGUCCGCACAAGACUUUCUCCUUGUGAAAGCGUCCGGCGACAUCUUUCCAGAUGGCAUCGAAGCCGCUCAUGGUGUUCUGUUUUCCAGGUCGCUCGCGAUCCUGUCAAGGACAUUGCAACGGGAUAUGUACGGCCUGGAAGCACCGGGGAUCUCUAUCAACGACAUUGCACCACCUACACCAGACCCACUAGCAGCGUCGCGCUACCCGUGCAUCUACUGGAUCGAUCAUCUGUGCGACUCGAAACCCAAGUCCAGGGCGAACGAGGUCAAGGAUGUGCAAGACAUGAGUGUUGUCGAAGGUCUCAGCCUGUGCAAGAGCAUAGCAAAGGGUGUGGUUUCAAUGACAAGGUUAUGCUCCCUGAGUCAGGAAGUGCAGGGCGGGGAAGAGCUUACAAAGCUUUUGCAGGAUGCUCGCCGAUUCAUCAUGUACCAUAAAGGGCCAAUCGAGAGCUACCCUCUCCAGUUGUAUGCAUCUGCACUGUUGUUCAGCCCAACAGAAAGCGCGAUCAGAAAGCAGUUCCAGCACGAGGAGCCAGAAGGGGUUACAGUCCAGCCGGCGAUGAGCAGCGGCUGGAGUGCGUGCCUGCUGACGCUCGAGGGCCAUAGCAGUGGUGUCAGCUCUGUAGCCUUCUCGCAUGACUCAACUAUGCUAGCGUCAGCAUCAGAGGACAAGACUGUCAAGCUGUGGAAUGCGAGUAGCGGCGAGUGUCUGCAGACGUUCACAGGCCAUAGAGGCACUGUCACCUCUGUAGCCUUUUCGCACGACUCAACUAAGCUGGCGUCGGCGUCAUACGACAACACCGUCAGGCUGUGGAAUGCAAGCAGCGGUGCGUGUCUGCAGACGUUCACGGGUCAUAGCAGCUCUGUCAGGUCUGUGGCCUUCUCGCACGACUCAAGCAAACUGGCGUCAGCGUCAGAGGACAAGACUGUCAAGCUGUGGAAUGCGAGUAGCGGCGCGUGUCUGCAGACCCUUAACAUUGGAACAAAUCUCCACAGUCUAUCCUUCGACUCUACUGACUCUUGUCUCUGCACGGAGAUAGGUACAUUUGUCAUCGCUAUCCCAGAGACAUUAGGCAGAGCAGCGGCCGCUGAGCCUGAGCCCCAGCCUCCUUUGUACCUGGGCACGAACCUUAGCUCAGACAACACGUGGAUCAAGCAUGCAAGCAAGCACAUGCUCUGGAUACCAUCAGAGUAUCGGCCAUUGUGCUCAUCUGUCCGCGGAACCACGGUCGCUAUAGGCGUUGGAUCUGGCUGGGUAUGGACCUGUAGUAUUGACGUGUAGUAUUGACUUUGUAUACACUCGUAUCCAUGCGUAGCAGAAUAGUAGUCAGUUGUCAUUCUCCUCCUGUUCGGCAUCGCAUCAAGGGGCAUGAGAACGGGCCCAAGUAUCCAGGUUGCAUGUUGCUGCAGAGAACAUGAGAAGAGGUUUUUAAGAGUGCUUGCUGUCAUAUAAAGCGUUUACGUAACAUUUCAACGUCUAGGACUGUUAUGGGCUGAGCCCUGUGGACUGAAGACUACGUACGAGACGUGAUUACGUAACAAGACUAGGCAGGGGUUGGCAGCCUUCUCUUAUAUUCUUCGUACGAUAGAACAAACCUUCUCUCUCUAUAUUUCUGCUUCUGUAGUAUAGGACAAAUGCAUACUCGUUAGAAGGCCACUUUGAUCCUUAACAAGGACCUUGUUGUGCGUAGUGUUGCGCUUAACGUGAACAAGUAACUAGUUGAACGUUGUUUUAUCUGUCUGCAUGAUCAAUU